AUGAACGACCCCGAAGCCGGUGUUAAAAAACACCAUGACGAGAAGGAUUCUCCUCCCCGAGGGAUCAAAACUCGCCAUGCUCUAAUGAUUGCUAUCGGGGGCACGAUUGGCACGGGACUUUUUGUCGGUACUGGCGAGGCAUUGGCAAUUGCUGGUCCGGCUCCGCUACUGGGCGUGUACGUUGUCAUCUGCAUUCUCGUAUACGGCAUUAUCACGGCCACCAGCGAAAUGUCCACGUACAUACCCGUACCCGGAUGCUCAAUGGCCUACUAUGCCAAUCGAUUCGUGUCUCGCAGCCUAGGGUUCGCCCUGGGGUGGCUGUACUUCUACUCAUUUGCCAUCCUUGUCGCAUACGAGAUCACGGCGGCUGGUCUAGUUAUUGACUACUGGCCCAACGAUAUCAACAUUGCAGUCUGGAUUUCGAUAAUGCUGGUGGUGGUCAUUGUGCUUAAUCUGUGCCCUGUUCGGGUAUACGGGGAGACUGAGUUCUGGUUCGCCUCUCUCAAGGUUUUCAUGAUCCUUGGUCUGCUAGUCCUGUCCGUGGUACUCUUCUUUGGUGGUGGCCCAACCCAUAAGCGCUUGGGUUUCCAUUAUUGGAAGUAUCCCGGUCCUGCCAAAGAGUAUCUCGUGCCAGGAGCAGCGGGCCGGUUGUGUGGUGUUGUAUAUGUUGCCUGCUUCUCGGUCUUCUCAUUCAACUUCGCCCCGGAAUUACUGGUGAUCACGGCCGGCGAGAUGCAUAAUCCCCGACAAAACCUUCCCAAAGCCACAAAGCACUAUUUCUACCGGUUGCUUGUCUUUUAUAUUCUUGGCGUGCUUGCCAUUGGUGUCAUUUGCGACAGCAACGCCCCCGGUCUGCUCAGUGGAGAGGCUGGAGCAGGCGCAUCGCCCUGGGUCAUCGCCAUUAAAGAAGCCGGUAUUAAAGGACUCGACAGUGUGAUCAAUGCCGUUAUCAUUACAUCGGCCUGGUCAUCGGCAAACUCGUUUCUGUACAUGUCGAGCCGGUCUCUUUAUUCGCUUGCAGUGGCCGGUAACGCCCCACAGAUCUUCACUCGCUGCAGUCGAUUGGGUACUCCGUACUGGGCUGUCUUCGCUAGCUGCGUGCUGGGCUUAUUGGCGUACCUGAACUGCGGGAAUGACGCCAGUCAAGUGUUUAACUGGCUGAUCAACCUGACAAACACGGCUGGAUUCACCUCGUGGGUAUGCUGCGGCAUCACCUACACGCGGUUCCGCAUGACAUGUCAAGCACAGGCCGUUACCUCGCUGCCAUAUCGAUCGCGCUUUCAGCCGUACCUCGUCUGGGUGGCCAUGUGCGUGUUUGCUCUUUUGUUGCUUUGCAAUGGGUUCUCCGUCUUCGUUGCGGGAAAUUGGUCCUUGUCGACUUUCUUGACAUCCUAUAUCGGUAUACCUGUGUUUCUGGGGAUCUAUUUCGCGCAUCGGAUAUAUGCUCGUGGUGACUCGUGGGCCCGACAUCCGUGUAACAUAGACUUGCAUACUGGCCUAGCUGAAGUCGAGGCCGACUGCCCGGAAGAAGAACCAGCUCAAAAACAUGCCCCAGAUGAUUAA